UGAAAGCAGGUACAGGGAGACAGGAGGGAUUGUUAGGCUGAGGCUAGAAGCACCCGCCCGGCACACAGCACUUCCCCGCACAUCAGAACCGAGGAAAGAAUGCAUCUUUCUUUGGGCUUGACAUAAAUAUCACCUCCGGGGAGCCAGCACAAGAAUAAGAUGGCCCAAAAUUCCAUCCACUGGUUCCGGAAGGGUCUCCGUCUCCAUGACAACCCAGCGCUACGGGAGGCCGUCCAGGGGGCGGACACGGUGCGCUGUGUUUACUUCCUGGACCCAUGGUUCGCGGGCUCCUCCAACGUCGGGGUGAACAGGUGGAGGUUUCUCCUCCAGUGUUUGGAGGAUCUGGACGCCAACCUUCGGAAGCUCAACUCUCGCCUUUUUGUUAUCAGGGGCCAACCAGCCAAUGUGUUCCCACGGCUCUUUAAGGAGUGGAAGAUCUCUCGGCUGACCUUUGAGUACGACUCAGAGCCUUUCGGGAAGGAGAGAGACGCUGCCAUCAAGAAGCUGGCCAUGGAAGCAGGGGUGGAGGUCAUCGUCAAGAUAUCACACACCCUCUAUGACCUGGACAAGAUCAUAGAGCUGAAUGGCGGACAGCCUCCUCUCACCUACAAACGUUUCCAGACCCUCAUCAGUCGACUGGAUCCUCCUGAGAUGCCUGUAGAGACGCUGUCAGACACCUUGAUGGGUCGCUGCGUCACACCUGUCUCUGAGGACCACGGAGACAAGUACGGGGUCCCAUCCCUGGAGGAGCUAGGCUUUGACACCGAGGGCCUCCCUUCAGCAGUGUGGCCGGGAGGAGAGACUGAGGCUCUGACCAGGAUAGAGCGCCACCUGGAGAGAAAAGCGUGGGUGGCUAAUUUUGAGCGCCCCAGGAUGAAUGCCAACUCGCUGCUGGCCAGCCCAACAGGCCUCAGCCCCUACCUACGCUUUGGCUGCCUCUCCUGUCGCCUUUUCUACUUCAAGCUCACCGACCUCUACCGCAAGGUGAAAAAGAACAGCUCCCCUCCACUCUCUCUGUAUGGCCAGUUACUGUGGCGUGAGUUCUUCUACACCGCAGCGACCAACAACCCUCGCUUUGACAAGAUGGAGGGAAACCCCAUCUGCGUCCGCAUCCCCUGGGACAAAAAUCCAGAAGCACUUGCCAAGUGGGCUGAGGCUAAGACAGGCUUUCCCUGGAUAGACGCCAUCAUGACUCAGCUGAGGCAGGAGGGCUGGAUCCAUCACCUGGCCAGGCACGCCGUUGCCUGCUUCCUCACCAGGGGCGACCUGUGGAUCAGCUGGGAGGAAGGGAUGAAGGUCUUUGAGGAGCUGCUCCUAGAUGCAGACUGGAGCGUGAACGCAGGCAGCUGGAUGUGGCUGUCCUGCAGUUCAUUUUUCCAGCAGUUUUUCCACUGCUACUGCCCCGUGGGCUUCGGCCGGCGCACCGACCCCAACGGGGACUUCAUCAGACGAUACUUACCUGUCCUCCGAGGUUUCCCUGCUAAGUUCAUCUACGACCCGUGGAACGCUCCAGAGUCCGUGCAGGCGGCCGCAAAGUGCAUAAUUGGCGUCCAUUACCCGAAGCCCAUGGUGCAUCACGCAGAGGCGAGCCGACUCAACAUCGAGAGGAUGAAGCAGAUCUACCAGCAGCUUAGCCGAUACAGGGGACUGGGCCUGCUGGCUUCAGUGCCGUCCACAAAUGGGAAUGGAAAUGGAGGAAUGAUGGCCUACUCUCCUGGAGAGCAGCAGCCAGGGACCAACAACAACAGCAGCUCACACUUGCCUGGAGUGUCUGGGAGCUCCGUUGCAACUGGUAACGGCAGCGGGAGCAUCCUACUCAACUUUGACAGCGAAGAACAGACGGGGCCUAGCAGCAUUGGACAACAGCAACAACGACUGCAACCGCUACCACAACAACAACAACAACAACAACAACAACAGCAGCAGCAACAGCAGCAACAACAACAUGGAUACCACUCAGUGCCAGACGCCAGCCAGACCAUCACCAGCAGCCGACUCUACCACGAGUUUGCUGUGCCUCAACAACCCGGACUCCUCCUGCACACCAGAGGCAGCAUCACAGGAAAGCGGGAGCGCGAGUCGGAACGUGAAGGGUCGGGGGAGGAAGACCGGGUGUCCUGCUCCCUGCACAAGAUGCAGAGGCAGAGCGCAGAGACCACCUAGAGCAGGCGGAUAUGAGACUGACUGAAUCCAUGUUAGAGUCGCCAUCUGGGCAGCAGAGAGAGGAAAUCCCAACGUCGCCACCUGUCCUCCAAACAAACGCAGCUCCAGACAUGACCACCACCUCCUCAAUCUUAAAGUGCUCUCUGUCUUUACGGUCAGAAAUUCCCUGGGGUGUAAAACACAAAGGUGAAAAUGUGAGAUGACACAAUUUCUACAAUAGCAUUUACAUCAUAGUCCACUAACCUCUGACCUCUUGUAGUUGCGUACUGACAGGCGUGACAGUCUCAGAGGAAUGCAAAGAAACAAAAUGCCUCAAACGUACUUCUGAAAAAAAAAAAAAUUAAAAAAUUUAAAAACUACGUUAUUGUCUUAAAACUGCUGCCACCAGCCAGUAUAUACUGUACGAACACUGAAGCAGCUAUGUAAAUGUAAAUAAUGGAAUAUUAAGGUUUUUUUCUUAAACACCUCGUCUGCCCUUUCAUACACCAGUAUAAAACCAAGCUGAAGUUGUCAGGGUUUACAGGAGAAUUUUUUUGUACUUUUACUACACAUUUGUAUUAUUUACAUCCUAAUCUGCUACACCCCGUAGUGUUAAUCAGGAAGACACUGUCACCAACACACACACACACUGACCAGUCAGUCUCACUCAGCAGAAUGUUUUUGUCACGAAAGUAACUCGAAAGUAAAAAAAUGCUGUCUCUGUUUAUACUGAAAAACUAAUCAGGUGUUUCUCGUGUUGUGGAGAUGAGACGCUUGUAGAUGUAGGCUAAUCAGAGGGGGUUUUUUUAUUGUUUUUCCCAGAAGAGAAUCAGAAACACUUUAUUGGCAUGUAUGUUACACAUAUAAGGAAUUUGACAUGGUGUUGUUGGUGCAAAAAAGAAGAAGAAGAAUUGGACUGACAAGUCACAUAACACACUCAAGUGAAAUUACUUACUAUAAUUGUUAUCAACCCUGAUUUCACCAGGCAAAAAGGUCUGGAAGGUCAUUUCAGGGACUUUGCUGAAAAUAUCAAAUUUCUCUGCUUAAAUCUCACUAUUUUGGGUGUAAAUAUAAAGUAUAGGUACUGGAGGUUCAGUUGGUGAGCGAGCACGAUAUCCUCCUUCUUAACCCAAGUGUGACUAUUCACAGUUGAUUUCAUGGGAACAACCACCACGGCCGGUUAGCACACGUGAUCACUUGGUUUGUAUCGGCAGCUAAGAACAGUGGUUCGUAACGUUUUUCGGUCAGACAAGCUGUCAGAGUGGUUUCAGUUGUUGGUCUUUAAAAACGUGUUUACAGUGUGUAACUGUAGAUUAGUUAGGAGAUGUUUUGUCUGGCUGUAAAAAUGCCUUUUAGAAUAUGGCACUAAGGAUACAAGAGUCCGUGUGUAGCUUUCGCUGUAGUUCUCCAUGGGCAGUGCCAUGGUGUCUGUGAGCUCAUCGGAGGUGGACAUGUAGCUGAACACUCUUAGAAGUAAAACUUCUCUUAAACCGUGCAGUAAGUGUAUUGCAGUUUCUUCAUAGGUUUUUCUUAUUAGCUUUUUCUGUUUUUUUGUAAAAAACCAUUUAGAUCCUGAGACUUUCAAACGUGUAGAUUCAAAAUUCUCACGAUUCCCAUUAAUAUCAGUCAGACAUGAGCAGGCUCUGUUCUGUACAGUUACUGAGAAUUAUAGGUUUUGUUUGUUUGUUUUUUCACAUACCUUCUUCAUCUAUAGUUUCAAGUAUGUGUGUGAAAGUUUGUCAGAUUAACAGUGAUUGGCUGUAGAAUAGACAUUUUUCCGUGCUCAGCUCACAGCUGUCGAUUAUCAGAGCCUGGACAAUACUUUUCUCCUUUUCUCAGUUUCACUUCACCUUUCAAAAGUCAGUCACAUUUUCACCUCUCUGUUUCCCCCCACAAGACCUGCAUAGUUUGAAACAUGUCUCAAAAACAGAUUACGCCCAAAGUUUCAAGACAAGUCAGUGUCUACAGAGUGUCUCUGAGAUGUUCUGUAUUUUAAACUUUUGGGUUUUUUUUUUGGUUUUUUUUUUGCUCGUGUACAACAACCAAAACAUUUUUCAGUCCCAAUGGGAGAGGAUGCGGUUACAGGUAACGUCUGUCAAAAAUCGCGAGGACAGAGGACUCAGGCAGUUGGUUCCAAUCUCCUCUGAAAGGCGUCACAUUUUUCUAAGAUUUCUCAUAAAAAACCAAAAAAGUUGCUAAACAAAAAGGAAGGAAGGAAAUAAAACAACAAGCUGAGUCGACACAACAAAAGACAAGCGACAGCAUUCAAUCCAAAUGAGCCUAAUUCUGUCAGCAAGACUGAAACCAACAUUCCUCAGAAACAAGUGUACCCUCCUGAUGAAGGAUUUCUACUACUGUACAGGGAGAUUAACAUGUUGUAUGUAUGCUUACUUGAGACAUUUUGCGACCUGGAUAUAUUUGAAACUGAAAUCUGAUUGGAUCCAUGAUGGCUCCGCCAAACGGCCGAUCAAUAACCCCCCAACAAAAUGACCACAUUAGGUUAAACUGAUUGAUAGUGAACAAAUGAGAAAGGUUGCAAAAUGGCUGCUGUAAAGUUGUCUAUAGGAGGAUUUGUGUAACAGCACUGGGAAGAUGAAGUCGGCGUCUUAUUUAGGUCCCAUCCACCCUCCACUAUCACCUCUACUCCUGGUGAGGAGGAUGCAGUGGAGUUGAACCAGAGAAUGUAUGAUCCCCUCUGUAAAAUACACCCAGCAGCUCCUCUUGCUGAUGUUAAUGCCCCCGCCCUACACACACACACAUACACACAUAUAUACCAAACACUGAGAACUGCUGUUUCACCAUAAAAGCCCUCCUAGAGAAGGUUGUGCCCUGGCAACCUUGGGGCCCUUUUAAUGUGAAACUGAUGGAGGAAGUGUUGAGUUUGUGUUAACAGCAGACGACUGCAACAACAACAAUGAACAUGACAAUCACUUCACUCAGUCACUUCACAAAUGAUUAAAAUUGUUACGCUUGUACACACACACACACACACACACACACACACACACACACACACACACACACACACACACACACACACACACACACACACACAGCCUUCGUAAUGACGAAGUUAGGAGAGAACAGAGGUUCUGCUAAAAACCCCAGUCUGCUGUCGGACUUGGUUGGAGUGCAACUUCAACCAAUUUUCCACUAAUGAAUUGACCAACAAUCGGCUGUUUGAACCUUCACCUUUUACGGUCACUUGUACGUCGGAGGCCCAGCUGACAAACAAGCUGACAAGAAUAGAAAAACUGAAUGUGAAAAUUGAAGUCAGGUGUCUCGUCCGUCCUCGGACAUGAAAUCACCGAAACGCUCAUAAAGUGACAAGUCAAAAACUCUAGACGAUGAAAUAGGAUAAUGGAUAAACCACCAUCACACUCACAACCGAUUCCAAAAAGGAAGCAUUUAAGCCCCUUUUCCCCUUUUAGCAGCAGUUUUAGCAGAGCUUACGUUCCUGAAGUGAGUCUUAGUUUGAAAAAUCCUGCAGACUGGGCUGUAGAUGUAAAGUUCUGGUUUCAGUGGAGCCGCCAUGACUCUCGUCUGUGUACAAUACUCGAUAUUUGUCCAUCUGUGAUCAUACUGCCCUCAGCUUCAGGAGUAAUGUAGAGGGUGGGGCUGGUGGGGUGGGAUGGGGCGGGGGGGGGGGGGGGGAUUAAAAAGUAUUGUGUUCUGUAUUAUAAUUCUAUAUGUUCUCAAGAGGUUUUGAACAUUGCUAGUUUUCUGUAGCUUUUAUCACCACCAGUUGAACCAAGUUUUUAUUCUUGCUUUAUUUUUUAGUUAUUUUUUCUUUUUUUUUGUUUUGUUUUGUUUUAUUUUGUUUUGUUUUGUUUUGUUCUCCCUUCUGUGACAUGAAGGUGAAAACAGAUGCCAUCUAUCAUCUCUAAAAUAUUGUGCUCUUUCUGUCUCUCCUUGUGUUGUGAAAGGUUUUUCUUGUGCUUGAUCAAGUUCAUGACAGGAAAUUAAAAUUGUUACAACUUGA